CAGAGUCAAUCAGUCCUCCGCUGGCAUCACCGCUCGAAACCUCCACACCGCAUCACGCCCUGAGUGGAAUGGAAGAAAAAGACAAGAAAGAACAUGGGGAGUAUAUCGGAGAGAUAAAAGGUGGCAUGCGGCCUUCAAUGAAGCUGGUUGUUAUGGGAAUUAUUAACCAAAAACCCAAGAGCAUUGAGGUGACUCUGUCCAGUCACCCCCAGGAGGAGGACACAGAGGGCGACGUGGGACUUCAGCUAAAGGUCAACUUCACGGACAAGGCCGUCCAACGCAACGCCCGCCUGGCUGGAAAGUGGGGUCCAGCUGAAAAUACCCUCUCCUUCUUUCCCUUCGCACCUGGAGAAUCCUUCAAGAUGGAGAUAGUUUGUGAGCACCAGCAGUUUCGUAUCUUGGUGGACGGACAGCCUCUGUGUGGAUUCACCCACCGGCUCUCCCGGCUCGCCUCCCUCACUGCCUUACGGGUCUUUGGAGAUCUACAGCUCACCAAGGUGGCCUAACACCAACAUCAAAAAACAAAAAAACACACAUGAGGAUGUUUCGGGACAGUGUUCAAUACAUACGAUUAGAAUAGAGCUAGAUUUUGAGUGAAUAAAUUAACCCACGGUGGGGAUGUUCAGCGUCUCCAGCUCCAAAUAAAGUUCCGCCUGCCUCGUAAUCACGCGUUAAGACAAAGUGCCUUCACUAGAUUAUCUGUUUGGGGACUUGAAGAUAAUGACUGAAUGCAACAGUCAUCAAUGUCUUAAAUAAACUGAAGAAUGUGAUUUGAACUGAAGUGAAUUAAGUUUUAAGCAAACGUGGUCGAAGCUGUAAUAUCCCCCCCUCCGGUGGACAUUUGCACGAACAUGAUGCGACGCAGAUCUCAGACGUUUGUCUUUGAUUUCUCUGGAGUUAACCUUUGAAAGCACUUAUGUUUACGAGCGCCUGCAUGAAGAUGAAUGUCUCUGAAAUCAAUCGAUUGUCAUUCUGUGCCCGACUAAGUACUGUAACAGGUGUAAUAAUGUAAAACAGUUUCAGUAGCCUACAUUAGUGCAUGCCAGUAAAACUGAGUUUGCCUCCAGAUUGAACGUAAAGCUGGAAGGAUUAGGUUGUGUCAAGCUUACUGCCCACUGAUUUGUGUACUUUUCAUUUACCACUAGCACUUUUUAUGUGAGUGUUUCCUAUUGACUUUACUUCACUGCAAUAAAUCACCUUUGUUGUUA